AGUAUUGCUCCACAAGACAGGGCUGACCAAGACGGAACAGAAAACAACAUGAAUGAUGUGAAGCUUGCUGUCCUGGGUGGUGAAGGAACAGGCAAAUCUGCCCUUACAGUGAGAUUUCUUACCAAGCGAUUUAUUGGGGAAUAUGCUUCUAAUUUUGAAUCCAUCUAUAAUAAGCAUUUGUGUUUGGAAGGGAAGCAACUGAAUCUAGAAAUAUACGACCCUUGUUCUCAACCACAGAAAGCAAAAUUUUCCCUCACAAGUGAGCUGCAUUGGGCAGAUGGAUUUGUUAUUGUAUAUGACAUCAGUGACAGGUCUUCAUUUGCUUUUGCAAAAGCACUGAUCUACAGAAUUCGGGAGCCACAAACUAGUCAUUGUAAAAGAGUUGUGGAAUCAGCAGUGCUUUUGGUUGGUAACAAGCAAGAUCUCUGUCAUGUGCGAGAGGUUGGCUGGAAAGAAGGGCAAAAACUGGCAUUGGAUAACCGGUGCCAAUUCUGUGAACUGUCUGCAGCAGAGCAGUCUUUGGAGGUAGAAAUGAUGUUUAUCAGAAUUAUCAAGGACGUCCUGACAAACUUCAAACUCAAAGAAAAGAGAAGAUCCAGUGGAUCUAGAUCAAUGGCCAAAUUGAUCAAUAAUGUAUUUAGAAAGAGAAGGAAAUCUGUUUAGUAGAUAUGUGAUCUCGAGGGUUUAUUAUAUCAGAGAGUUUCAUUCAUAUGCUAAUUGAAUUUAACUUUGUUUGCAAUUUAAAAAAUAUUUUAGAGAUAUAAAGUGAUUGAAUGUGAACCACAGCUGUGUUUUUCAAUAUAUAGUUUGCCUUUUUGGUUGUUUGCAUUUUGUACACUCUGCUUCACACUUAAACUUCUCUUUAUACACAAAAUCACCUUCAGUAUAAAUUAUUGGUGGAUUACUAUACAGUUUGCUUGCAAAUGAACAUUGCUUCUGUAAUUUUAUUAAACUACCAU